CGACACAGCUGACAGUUACAACGAGAUUGGAUAUGCACAACAUGAAUUAAAAGAUUUUAAGUCAGGAUUAGUUUCACUUCAAAAAGCUCUUCACAUCAGAUUGAAACUAUUAGGAGAAGAUCAUCCCGACACAGCUGAUAGUUACCACAACAUUGGAUGCACACAUAAUAAGAUGAAAGAUUUCAAGUCAGGAUUAGUUUCACAUCAAAAAGCUCUUCACAUCAGAUUGAAACUAUAUGGAGAAGAUCAUCCCAACACAGCCAGCAGCUACAACAACAUUGGAUACGCACAAAAUGAGAUGAAAGAUUUCAAGUCAGGAUUAGUUUCACAUCAAAAAGCUCUUCACAUCAGAUUGAAACUAUAUGGAGAAGAUCAUCCCGACACAGCUAACAGUUACAACGAGAUUGGAUAUGCACAACAUGAAUUAAAAGAUUUUAAGUCAGGAUUAGUUUCACUUCAAAAAGCUCUUCACAUCAGAUUGAAACUAUAUGGAGAAGAUCAUCCUCACACAGCUACCAGUUACCACAACACUGGAUGCACGCAAAAUGCGAUGAAAGAUUUCAAGUCAGCAUUAGUUUCACAUCAAAAAGCUUUUCACAUCAGAUUGAAACUAUAUGGAGAAGAUCAUCCUGACACAGCCAGCAGUUACCACAACAUUGGAUACGCACAAAAUGCGAUGAAAGAUUUCAAGUCAGGAUUAGUUUCAUAUCAAAAAGCUUUCGAAAUCAGAUUAAAACUAUUUGGAGAAGAUCAUCCCGACACAGCUAACGGUUACAACAGCAUUGGAGUUACAUAUCAUGAGAAGAAAGAUUUCAAGUCAGCAUUAGUUUCAUAUCAAAAAGCUUUCGAAAUCAGAUUAAAACUAUUUGGAGAAGAUCAUCCCGACACAGCAAAUAGUUAUUCCAACAUCGGCUCUACACAACAUACGAUGAAAAAUUACAAGUCAGCGUUAGAAUCGAAACAAAAAGCUCUCGAAGUCAGAUUAAAAAUAUAUGGAGAAAAUCAUCCAGACACCGUAGAGACGUAUCGUGAAAUUGGUAUCAUACAACGUUCAAUGAGGAACCUCCACGCAGCACUUGACCUGCAUCAAUAUGUCGUACAAGCGCGACUGAAACUGUAUGGUGAAUACCACGACGAUACUGUUGUAAGUUAUCGCAGCCUGGGAAUCACACAACGUGAGAUGAAAGAUUACAAGUCUGCAUUAAAUUCGCAUAAACAUGCUCUAAGAAUCAGUAUGAAUUUACAUGGAGAAAAUCAUCCUGACGCUGCUGGUAUUUACGGCGACAUUGGAGCCACACAAUGUGAGAUGGGAAACUACAAAUCCGCAUUAGACUCGCACAACAAAUCUCUUCAAAUUAGAUUGAAAUUGUUUGGAGAAGAUCAUCCCGACACAGCUGAUAGUUAUACCCAAAUUGGGAUCGCACAACAGGAAAUGAAGGAUUACAAGUCAGCAUUAGAGUCCAAAGAGAAAGCUCUACAAAUCCUAGUAAAACUCUUCGGAGAAGAUCAUCCUGAGAUGGCUGAGUAUGAUCUCGAUAUUUCUCGGGUAAAAGGUCUUUUGAAUAAUAAGGCCAGCCCUGGACAGAUACAAAGGAAACCGCCAGUUUGGAGCGAUUAUUUGUAGGGAAGAGCAUCUGAACAUUAAAAAAAUUCAACAACAUUUUUUGUUUGUUAGGGCAUAUUAGAGGAUAUACAGAGCAUCUUGUCUAAUAUCUAAUCUAAAUUCCAGUUUUUAUUCGCCAAUGUUAGUUUAUAGACUCGCGCAUAUUUAUUAGAAUUCUGUUAUGGUUCCUGUAUAUGAUUGUGUCAUAUGAAGCAGAAAUGUCAUGUACGAGCGCGAAAUAAGCGUGGAUGUCAUUGAGAGUUGUCAUUAAUUAAGUAUAAGUAUAGAUUAAUAAGCGCAUUAGAUAGCUAGACGGUGCAUGUGCGGUAAAUUAUAUAUGUGUGCAGAUGACACGCACAUAAAUGAGACAAGAAGAGUGAUGUAAUACGAGUAGAAGUCAGAUACUUGUUGAAGAUAUCGCUUGUUGAUUUAGAAUUUUAAUUUAGAUUUUAAUAAUAGAAGUAAAGUAUUGCAGUAAAAUGUUGAUUAUUGUGUCCAACUAUACCAUAAAAACCUGUGGCCGUGAGGCUGACACAUGCCAAUAAACAAACUAUUAUUAGUAAAUAUAUAGUGUUAAGUUGAAAUACAGCGUAACUAAAUUUGUAACAUAAACUUUUUAGG